CAGAACAGUAGACAUUGUAUGCGUAGUCUGUAGAUAUCUUAAGUCUGUGAACUACUAGAUAGUUAGAGCUAUUGAUACAAGAUGUCAUGACCGUGUUGUACGCAAGAUUCAUUUUUGUCCGAUUAUUGUAAAUUAGUAUACAUAUAGAGCACCGAGGCAAAGUGCGAAAGGGGUAAACAUAUCACGAGCACCUUUCGCACGGUGCAGCUGUUGCGUAUACCAUUCAAUCAAGUGUUCUCCGAGGUCGGUGCUGUUAAAUCUAAUGUGAAAGUAUCUAAAUCUUUAACAACAAAAUCUAUACGCCCCUGUUACGGCGAAUUGUAAUCAUGGCGACUAUUGGCACAGCAAGGAUAGACGAACUCGUGCAAACAGUCACCCUACACAAACCAAGGAAAUUAUUAUUUACGGGCUACAUAUUACCGUCUGUAAUAUUGCUUACAAUAUGGAUUUACAGUUGGAUAUUUAUAUACGGAAUCGAUGAAUAUUAUGACGCGGGUUUGGUGGGCAUCGCAGUUAUCGGUUUACUACAGAUUUUCAUAUGUUUGUGUUGCCAGUGGUCUGUGCACGUGCAUACUUUUCUUAAUUGUAGUUCGGAGAAAAAUCCGUAUAAAGCUGCAGUAGCAAAAGUAAUUCCAACACCUAACAAUGGCAGUUCAGAACUUGUUAGGUUGUACCAUUCAGAGCAACAAGAACCAUGGUUUAUAUUUCAAGAGACUAAAUAUUGUUGGAAUCCACAUAAAAAAUGCUUUAAUGGCCUCGAGUUUCCCAUUAAUCACUCUAUUAAAUAUUAUCGUGAAUGGACAGGGUACUUAGAUGAAAAAGAAGUUGGAUUUGCAGAGGAAAAAUAUGGCAAAAAUAAGUUAGAUAUGGUGGUACCAGAAUUCAGAGAAUUAUUCAAGGAAAGAGCAAUAGCACCAUUCUUCGUGUUUCAAGUAUUUUGUGUUGCUUUAUGGUGCUUAGAUAAAUAUUGGUAUUAUAGUAUCUUUACACUUAUUAUGCUCAUUAUGUUUGAAUGUACACUUGUGCAACAACAACUUCGAAAUAUGGCAGAGAUCAGAAAAAUGGGAAACAAGCCGUACAUGAUGAUGGUCUAUAGAAAUAGAAGAUGGCGUUUUAUGUUCACUGAUCAGUUAGUGCCUGGUGACAUUGUGUCCAUAACAAGAUCUCAGAAUGAUAAUUUAGUGCCAUGUGAUAUGUUACUUUUAAGAGGGCUCUGCGUGGUCGAUGAGAGUAUGCUAACAGGGGAAUCGGUUCCACAAAUGAAGGAACCAGUGGAUGAUAUUGAUGGAGACAGACAGUUAGACAUAGAUGGUAAUGCUAAACUUCAUAUCCUUUUUGGAGGCACAAAGGUUGUACAACAUACUCCACCUAGUAAAAACGUAUCUGGCCUUAAAGCUAGUGAUAAUGGCUGUGUGGCCUAUGUAUUACGUACUGGAUUUUCAACGUCACAGGGUAAACUUUUGAGAACAAUACUGUUCGGAGUUAAACAUGUUACAGCCAAUAACUUGGAAACAUUUGGCUUUAUCUUAUUUUUAUUAGUUUUUGCAAUUGCUGCAGCUACAUAUGUGUGGAUUAAAGGAAGUGAGGAUCCUACAAGAAACAAAUAUAAAUUAUUUUUGGAAUGUACACUUAUCUUAACAUCAGUUGUUCCACCAGAAUUACCUAUUGAAUUGUCACUUGCUGUUAAUACAUCUUUACUGGCCCUCUCAAAACUUGGUGUAUUUUGCACAGAACCUUUUAGAAUACCAUUUGCUGGAAAAGUUGAAAUUUGUUGUUUUGAUAAAACUGGUACUUUAACUAGUGACAACUUGGUAGUAGAAGGCAUAGCAGGCAUAGAUGGGAAAGCAGAUGUUAUGCAACUUUCUAAUGCACCGUUAGAAAGUAUACAAGUACUUGCAACGUGCCAUUCACUUGUACAAAUCGAUGAUGGAAUUGUUGGCGAUCCGCUUGAAAAAGCGACAUUAAAGGCUAUUAAUUGGACUCUCACAAAACAUGACUCUAUGAUACCUAAAAAGGGCCAGUCUCCUGUCUUAAAAAUUGUGCACAGGCAUCAUUUUACCUCUUGGUUGAAAAGAAUGUCAGUUAUAGCUGGCUACACGACGUCGGGAUCGUCAGAAUUUAAUUAUAUGACCACUGUGAAAGGAGCACCUGAAAUUAUUAAAAAUAUGUUAUCAACUGUACCAGAGAAUUAUGACUCAACUUACUUAUCGCUCUCCCGUCGUGGUGCAAGAGUAUUAGCUUUGGGAUAUAGAAGACUUCCUGGACCUUUAUCGUACCAAGAUUUAAGAGAGUUAACAAGAGAAGAUUUAGAGAAAAAUCUAACAUUUGCUGGAUUUGUAAUCAUAAGUUGUCCACUUAAACCAGAUUCUAAGGCUGUUAUUAAAGAAAUAGUAAAUUCUUCACAUUCGGUUGUUAUGAUUACUGGAGAUAAUCCUUUAACGGCAUGCCACGUAAGUCGUGAAUUACACUUUACAAAAAAACCAGUCAUGCUCAUACUGACUUUAAACGACGGAGAGUGGUUUUGGGAAAGCGUGGAUGGAAAGAUGAAUCUGCCUCUGAGUAUAAAAAACAUUACUCGUGGUAAAGAAAUUUGGCGGGAACAUGCUCUUUGUGUAACAGGAGAGGGUUUAACAUACUUAAAAGAUAAUGAACGAGAACUCAUGCGUUCAUUACUGCCACACAUUGUGAUUUUUGCAAGGUGUGAACCGAAGCAAAAGGAAUUUAUAAUUGUAACUCUACAGAAUCUCGGAUACUCAACUCUUAUGUGUGGAGAUGGUACUAAUGAUGUUGGUGCUUUGAAACACGCCCAAGUGGGAGUUGCUAUCCUUUCUAGUCCACCGGAAAGAGCAUCUAAACAUAAGCAAGAUGAUACAAAAAAUGAAAACGUGAUCUCAAAUUCAAUGCUGGUCAAUGGUCCAAGAAUGAACUCAAGAAUGUCUGCUAACGCUAGAUAUAAUAAUACUAAAAUACAGAAGCUAUUAAAGCAGCUGGAACAACAGAAUAAUGUUAUUGUUAAGCUUGGUGAUGCUUCAAUUGCUGCACCAUUCACUAGUAAAAUGUCGUCUAUUGAGUGCAUAUGUCACGUUAUUAAACAAGGGCGAUGCACUUUAGUCACAACUUUACAAAUGUUUAAAAUUUUGGCGCUUAAUGCGUUAGGCCAAGCAUACAGUCAAUCUGUUCUUUAUUUAGAUGGAAUAAAAUUUAGUGAUGCACAGGCUACAUUACAAGGUGGUCUAAUGGCUACCUGCUUUUUAUUUAUAUCAAGAUCAAAGCCUUUAAAGACAUUGUCUAAACAAAGACCUUUACCAAAUAUUUUUAAUUUGUAUACUAUAGCCACUGUACUGCUUCAAUUUACCGUACACUUUGCUUCUCUCGUGUAUCUAGUAAGAGAAGCAACAAUAAUAUCUCCAAGUGAUGAUGCACUAUCAGUUACGUUGGGUACAAAUCAUACAGUUUCUCAGAAUAUGUCCAUAAGCGAGAAUGCAGAUAUAGAUGACCAGAAUAAACCUUUUAAAGCAAAUUUGAUAAAUAGCACAGUUUACAUAAUUGUUAUGUCGAUCCAACUGUUUACUUUUGCGAUUAAUUAUCGAGGUCAUCCAUAUAUGGAAAGUUUAUCACAAAAUAAAUCUCUGCUAUACGGUUUCAUAGGCAUCGCCGCUGUUAUAUUAGGUUUAUGUGGAUUUGUACCUGAUUUAGCAGCUCAAUUUGAAAUUGUGGAAUUCCCAAAUGAUUUCCGUAAUCUCUUAUUUCAAAUACUAAUAUUAGAUUUCGUUCUUGCCUACGUCGUGGAUAGAGCCUGUUUAUGGCUAUGUGGAGAAGGGAAACAUCGAAAACUGUGAUCAGAAUACAUUUUUUAUAAUCCAUUUAUAAAUUCAACAACGUGUAAGACUUUAAAUGUGCAAAUUCGUUUCUUUUUCGUUUUACAAAGAAUAAAGUGGUUACGCGAAUUGUUCUUACAUUUUACCGAUUGCUAUCGUUUUACUGCCAUGUAAAAUAAUAUUUUUUAAAAGACUGACAUGAACACUAAUGGAGGAUACUCUGUUACAAAAAUUAACUGAUGUGGACAAUUCUUUGUGAAACAAUACAUUCAAAUAAUUUAAAAGAGGAAAGAGAUAUAUAGAUACAUAUUUAUGAGUAUGUGGUAUAUAUGUAUAUUAAUGAAUGUAAGUAUUACUAUGCGAAGUGAAACAAGAAAAAUGAAUAGGUAAUGUGAGUAUGUACAGAAAGUAGUUAAAUAAUUAUUAUAUAAUGUCACAAUUAUUAUCUAUUAUCGUUUUCUAAACGGUGUAUUUAGCUGGAGACCCUAGUUUACUGAUAGCCACAAAAAGUAAAAUGAACUCUUGUAUUGUAAUUUCUAAAAAAAAUUAAAUCUGCAGAUCAUUUAAAAAAUGAGUAGUUUAUUCAUUGGUUUCGGAUUAAAAUAAUUUAAAAUCAAUGUUAUUUUAUUUAAGAUUUAUUAUCAUUAUUAAAUUUGAGUGUUUUCGUUAUUACUUAAUUAUAGUUUAUUAAAUUUCAUUAUUCAUGAUUAAAAUUAUUUAUGAUUCAUUGCAAUGUUGUGUUUGAAGUAUCGAUAUUUUAGACUAGGGUCAUACAGAGUAUUGCAUUUAAAAAAUGUUGUAUUCAUACAGAACAUAUUUUUAUUUUUAAUAUUCUUUUUUCAUGUCUCGAAAAUAAUAUACACAAAUUAUACACAUUGUUCACUAAUUAUAAAUUCAAGGAAUUAAGAUAAAUUUGGUUUAAUUUUGAAUUUAUAAAUGCUUAUUUCUUUAUUUUUAUUCAUGUCAAUUCCGUUUUGUAUUAAAUAUCCCUUUUAAUUGAAUUUGUUGCUAUAUGCAAUGCUGAAAAUACAUUGUUAAUAAUUGUGGUAUUUUUAAAUGUUCAUAGAUUUAUUUAAUGCACUGUGUGAUCACAACUGUAUGAAGUAAGUUCAUAGUUUUUAUAUGAAUGUUACAAGUAAAUGAAAUGCUGCCAGCAUUUCAUUUAUUAAAGAUUCAAAUACAUAAGAAAAAUUAGAUAAGAAACUUUAAACUUCAUCUGCAUUUAGUGACGGAUUAGUUGCUUGAAUUAUGAAAAGCUGUGUUCCUAUUCUACUAUGCAUAGUGUAUACACUAAUUUCAUAUAUAAUGCAAUCUGUUAAUUUACGUUGAUGUUGUGAUUAAUUCAAGUAAAAUAAGUAAAAUUAGAAUGCGAUUAGAAAAAGAUAAAUAUAUUUAUAAUUUAUAACUAUUUAAGAAUUAUUACUCAAAGCAUUCCAACUUUUUUCAGUUAUCAUAUUUAGUAAUUUAAAAAAAAAAUAAAUAUUUUGAUUUGAAAAGGAAUUUAUUUCGACGAAGAAAAGACAUUUGUGCUUUAACAUUAGGUAACAAAUAAGACAGUGUUUGCACAGUGUAAUGAUUAGUGUGUUUCACGAAUGUUUGUAUUUCGAUUGAUAUUACGAUCACAUUGUCGUAAACGAACAAAUCGAGUUCUUUAUAUUAGAAACGAUAAGUGUUUAAAGUUUAACGAUCCUGUACCGUAUAAUGUUACACAUUUUUACAGAAUCGUCUUUUAGAUAAAGGUUUUAGUAUCAUAACUAAAUGAUAAUUGUACAUCG